AAGGCCUGAAAUCAUUCCGACUGAUUACUGAAUUUCUGAAGUUUCAUAAUUCUGAUUUUGUGAUGGAUGGAGCCCACAGACAGAACUCAUAGAGCCUUGUUAAGCCUUAAGUGUUUAAAAUUUGAUUUAAACACAAUAUUUAAUCAAAAUCUAAUUUGGGAUCAUCACCGGGUGGUGUAUUUAUUAUUUACUUUUGUGACAUGCGAAAUAAUAAAAGAAUGGAACAACACGGAGAUCUUUAUUCGAGAUACCUUAAAAUAUUUAUCGUUGUUGCGUGCUAUUGGGUAGUCUCAAUCGCGACAGUAUUUGUCAAUAAAAGUCUAUUGAGUGGUAAAGAAGUAGCUCUAGAUGCUCCACUAUUCAUAACAUGGUUCCAGUGUAUAGUUUCAUUCUCUAUUUGCUUCACUCUAAGCAGGACAGGGGGUAUACCAGGAGUCUUCCAGUUUCCGAAAGGCUCGCCAUGGAGUUUUGAUGUGAUUAAGAAGGUAAUACCACUCUCAAUAAUGUUCACACUAAUGAUAGCAACCAAUAAUUUAUGCUUGAAAUAUGUUGGCGUAUCAUUCUAUUAUAUUGGCAGAUCAUUGACAACUGUAUUCAAUGUAAUGUUCAGUUGGUUGCUACUCAGACAAAAGACCUCUUUUAGAUGUAUAAUGUGCUGUGCCUUUAUUGUAUUUGGGUUCUACAUUGGGGUCGAUCAAGAAGAAUUAUUGGGGUCGUUUUCACUAAUUGGAACAGUAUACGGUGUGGUUGGAUCCCUUAUGCUUUCCCUAUAUUCAAUAUUUACAAAAUCUGUGCUACCUAGUGUCAAUCAAGAAGUUUGGUUACUGUCAUAUUACAACAAUGCAUAUUCAAUAUUCUUGUUCCUACCAUUAAUGGCAUUGAAUGGAGAGUUUCAUGUUUUGUGGGAAUACACAAACUACAAUAGCACCUUAUUUUGGAUGCAAAUGUUUAUUGGCGGCCUGUGUGGAUUUGCAAUAGGAUAUGUUACAUCACUGCAAAUUAAAGUAACUUCCCCACUGACACAUAACAUAUCGGGCACAGCUAAAGCAUGCGCACAAACUGUGAUAGCGACACAAUGGUAUAAUGAAGCAAAGAACUCCUUGUGGUGGUCUUCUAAUAUUAUUGUGCUAGCAAGUACCGCAAUGUAUGCACGGUUUAAACAGAUUGAAAUGGAAGUUAGUUCAAGAAAGAUUGUACCCGAAGAUGAAAAGAAUUUAGUUUAGUAAGCAGGUAUAGCUUACAAUUAUAAUAGAGGCUGUCUAAUUGAUGUCAAUUAAGUCUAAAUAUAUCAAUGCACCAUUAUUGCUAAUAUGUAGAGACCGGAUUAUAUGCUACAAAAAAUGCCCAAAAUAUGCAUACAAAUAUGCAAGUAAAAUAGCAAAAAUAUGCACGAAAAUCCAUUAAAAGGGCCAAAAUAUGCAUUCAAUUAAACGGAAAAAAAUAAAAAGUCAAUUUUUUUUUUUUUUUUAUUUUAUCAAGGUUUAUACUGACAAUCGUAUUUGUUAAAAAAAAACUAUUACAAGAUAUACCUACUUAGGUAACAAUGAAAUUUAAUUUACCUCUAAAAAUAUGUACUACUAAUAAGUACUUUUCUAAAUGUUCUGUAGACAAAUUGUGUCUACGAUCGCUUAGUAAAUUUUUAUAAGCGGAAAAGGAGCUACUUCUUCAUCUACUGAGGUUACUGGGCAGAAUUUAAAUUAGGGUGGAAUGUCUAGGCUUCCUAUGAAAAGCAUCGAAUGAUGAGCGAGAUCGAGCGAAAAUAUGCAUAAUCAUUUACUAUUAAAAGGUACUAAAUAUGCAUAAGCAUAUGCAAUUUGCAUAUGCAUAUAAUGGGGUCUCUACUAAUAUGUAUGUUAUUUUAUUGUUUUGUUACUUAGUUUAGUUUAAAGUUAGUCUGUAACAUAUUAUGUAUGUUUCAUUAGUUAUUAUUAUGAAAGUUAUUUUUUUUAUAAUAUUGUGAGGAUAGGGUAUUCUAUCUCACACACUAGAUAUUUAUUUAAUUAGUCAUGUAAAUAUAAAAUAAUUUUAUAUUCUAAGAGCAACUUAGUUUUAAAAUUGUUUUUGAGAAAUGUUUUUCAAAUUCUUUAGACAAUUGUGAAUCUUUCAGUUGAAAGACAUAUUGCAAAACAUGAGCUAAGCUUGUAUAUCUCUGUUAUGUAUAUUUUAGCAUGAUGUAUUUCAGUCUACCAGAGAUUAUGUGAAUAAUUUAUUAACUGAUUUCAAGGUAGUUUGUACAUAAUAUAAUAUCCAUACAUAUUUAGUAAUUCCAAGUACCAAUAUUCCAAGAACCCACUCGAUUCUGCAGGUACAUGUUUUUUUUUUACUAAACUAAUUUAAAUGAGAGUUUAGAGAGUAAGCAAUGUAUAAGCCAUAGGUUGCUCAUAAAAAUUUGGCUGCAAGUACCUGUAAUUAAUUUUAGUAACAUUAAUUUUCUGAUGUAAAAUGCACCCAUAUGUUUUUUCAAUAAAUUGUAUGUCAUUUUAAAGGAAAUUAUGUCAAAAAUUGAAAAACAUGGUUGCCAGCUCUCUCAGGUAUAAACAGAUACAUUUUUGUUAAUAAAUUGUAGUCAUCUAUUUUUUUUUUAAUUUUAAUACAUCAUUUGAAGUUUUCUAUUCAUUAAUCAAUAAACAUUGUUUAAAAGUUAAACAAUGCGCAUAAAGUAAAAACAAAAACAAUAGGUACAAUACACAUACACAUACUCUUUGAUGUUUAAGGAAAAUAAUAUGUGAUGUCCAAGGUGAAUCAACUAUCAAUAAGUGAAGUUACUAGCUACAUAAUAAGUUUUAUAACAUUUGUAUGUAUUUAUUGUAUAUGUGAUGCUACUGCUACAAUUUUUUUUUACAAUAUAAUUUUGUAUAAUUUUAUUAACUUUUAUUUUAUUUUUUCUUCUGACAUGUCUAAAUGUGACUUUUAAUUUUGUAAAUUUUACUGGUGAAGGUGUUAUACCAGAUUGUAGUAACUUUUUUUCCAUUGUGCAUAUUAUACUGUUUGUUUCCUUAAAUAAAUAAAAAAAUUAUUGCGAGUGUAAGACAUAGUUUCUCACGCACACUACAGUAUUAAACCUGGUGUGUUUUUAUCUGUUGUCUAACAACAAGAGACUAUCUAAAGUAUCUAAGGUACACAUGCAGACGAAAUGGGGGACAUAAUCUUGUAAUACUAUAAGUUAACCUGAGUCCUAAGCAUUUUUGAAAGUUUUUUUCUUGUGUGUAAAUAUGUUUUGCAGUCAAAAAUAUUAUAAGAUUCGUCAGGGUCCAUUUCGUGAUCGUAUAACUCUAUGCCAUGUAUUGUAUUCCAAUCUUUUGUAAAUAAACUGCUGUUGAAACUUA